UUUCUGGCAUGGAAACAGAUAGCGCCCGCCGCAACCCCACUAGCGUCGGCCGCAGCUCUUUCAGGCUGCGCCCGCCUCCGCCGCAUCUUUGACAUCUUUGAUAAGAACCACGACAACAUCAUCAGCGCAGACGAGCUGGGACAAGCGCUGGGCCUCCUCGGCCUCCAAACCGAGCUCUCCGAGUUAAAAUCCAUGGUUCAGCCGUAUGUCCAGCCUGGCAACCAUGGCCUAAGAUAUGAAGACUUCGAGGCCCUACACCGCUCCCUAGACAACGCCUUCUUUGGGUUGAAAUCAGAUGCGGCAGAGGCAGUUGAUGGUGAUGCUGAUGAUGAAUCCGAUCUGUCGGAGGCAUUCAAGGUGUUUGAUGAGGAUGGCGACGGCUACAUAUCUGCCAGGGAGUUGGAAAUAGUGUUAGCAAAGUUAGGAUUGCAGGAAGGGCGAGAAAUUGGGAGUGUUGAAAUGAUGAUUUCAUCGGUUGAUCAGAAUCAGGACGGACGGGUAGAUUUCUUCGAGUUCAAGGAUAUGAUGCGCAGUGUCGGCAUUCUUAGUCCGCAAGUAGCUGCAAGGCCAAGGGAUACGCCACAAUGGAUAAAGUGCACUAGUGCUAACAGAGCUAGGAAGAUUUAUGCUCAGAAUUCAUAG